AUCAGUUGUCUUCCACAAAUCAACAAGAAAGAUGACUCUGAAUACAUUCAUACUUCUAAUUGGAUUUUUCCAUUGUGCUCUAUGCGCUUCGUUCUCCAAUGUCGUUGUACGCGGUGGUUCUGAAGUCAUACCAUUGGAAUAUAUAAACUAUGGUGGUCCUAUGUCUUACACUGGACCGCAAUUUGCUCAAAUAUCUGCGGGACCUAUAGAAACAUUGGUCUCAUUAUCGAAUGCCCGUCCAUGUGUGUCACCUUGCGUUAUUGCGAACACGCCAAUCUCCGGUCUGGCGCCAAUAGCAGGCACGGCUAAUGCUCAAAUUGUAGCUUAUAAGUCACCGGUCGCUAAUGUCCCAAUUGUAUUGGCAAAUACCGAUGAUGCGGCUACCGGUUACCAAUAUGCAUACGCUGUUUAUGAUGAAGGCACUGGUGAUAAAAAGACCCAGAGUGAACAAAGCGAUGGUUCUGUGGUCCAAGGACAAUAUUCUUUUAUACAACCUGACGGUUUUCUGCGAGAAGUUAUUUAUACCGCUGAUGAUAUUAAGGGAUUCAACGCUGUUGUCAGAACUGUAGCUCCCGAACCUGAACCUAGCAAAAAGGAAUCAACCGAUGAAUCUCAAGAAAGCAAAGAGACGCCCUGUAAAAAAAACGAACAGUUAGUAGAAGCCCCUAAAAGCGAAGAAAAGCCAACAGAAUCCUCGGCUGAAAUCACAGAACCUGUUAACGCGGAAACCGCAGAAAUUACUGAAGCUGUCAACAAUGAGGGUGUCAACACAGAAACUACAAGUACCGAGUCACAGAAUACUGAAACAGUUGAAGUAAAAAGUGAAGAAAAAGCGAGUGAAGAAAAACCAUGUGAAGAGAAUCCCACACCAACAGAACUGAUCAAAUCUGAAUUUGAACCAAACGCUGUCGUCUCAUAUAGCGAUAUUAUAGAUUGUAUUCAAUCUAAAAGAAUAGCAACUGCAAAAAGUAUUUCGCCUUUAACAUACAUCUUAGUACCCGCGGCCAAACCAAAACCGUGCAUUAAUGGUUUAAGACCGUUGACAUCAAUCAAAACUUAUUUGUUCCAAAGCACAUACAAAAUGUUCAGCAAAAUCGUAGCUUUCGGCGCUUUCUUGGCAGCUGCCAACGCUUCCGGCCAUGGCCAUGCUGCUGUGUCCUCCCAAAGCAUCGUCCACCACGGUGGAUACGCUGCACCCUUGGCCCAUGGACAUGGUGCUCAACUAGCGUAUGCUGCUCCAGUGGCAUAUGGCGCUCCCGCUGGUCCCUUGGCCCAUGGUCAUGGAGCCCAACUAGCAUACGCUGCUCCAGUGGCAUAUGCCGCUCCCGCUGCUCACUACGAUGGACAUGACACCUAUGCCCACCCAAAAUACGACUUCUCCUACUCCGUGGCUGACCCCCACACCGGAGACCACAAGACCCAGCACGAGAGCCGCGACGGUGAUGCAGUCCACGGCUCCUACUCUUUGGUGCAGCCUGAUGGCUCCCUCAGACAGGUUCACUACACCGCUGACGACCACAACGGAUUCAACGCGGUUGUACACAACUCUGCCCCAUCAGUUCACCCCGUCCAUGCCCCAGCCCAUGGCUACCACCACUACUAAACCAAUAUUUCUCCUGCCCUGUGAUGCUAUAUUUGUAAUUACUACUGUGAUUUCUGUAAAUAAAGUGUGAAUGAUGU